AUGUUCGUCGUUCCCUCGACUCGCACUCGCACUCCCCCAACCUACUCUCGCCGCUACGGACGCAAAUACCGAGGCCUCGACAGUUUUCCCGAUGCCAGUCUCUGCACGCACGAACUUGGCAAAGUUCGCGCCGAUUGCAGACUUCGUGUGUCAAAAUCUCGAUGGGGUCACUUAGGCCAUGAAGAUGCACCCGCCGGCAUCGUCUAUAUGGAUCUCUCAUUCGACCAGCCACAAAAUUAUCGCCUUGCUAGCGCGAGGGUUGUCAUUACAUUGGAGGACAUUCACCCUGACGAGAUAACGCGUGGACGACAAGAGUCUGACCUCUAUCCGCUACAAAUAACAGAGCAUUAUGGCCCGAAACACCUCACUGGCGAAGCCACCAAUGUCGUCGUCAGCAAGACUCUCCAUCUCACUCCAGAGUUCAACUUCCUCGGCACUGGGGGUGGUGGUCUCGGUAUUAAUAGCGCAAAGUCAUUGAUUUAUAACAGCCGUUGGACAUUCAAGGGUCAACGCCAUGUCGUCGACGCCGGUCCAGAAUACCGCACACUGGAAUGGGAGCUGUGUGAGAAUCAGGAAGAGAGUCGUCCUUCGCACCCCAAUGUGAUUAAUACAGCUUUCACUUUCCAGCAUAAUGACAAACCAUUCCGCAUGCGCGUUGAUAUCAAGGGUCGGCUGCAGAGCACCCGGCAUCGGAUUCAAAAUAAGAUGCGCAACCUGCGAUUUCCCCCACAUUCCGAGAAGGAUCAAGGAUCGAGUGAAGUGCUCGUUCGACCAAGAGAUCAUGCUCAUCCUUUGGAUUCCGUCGCUCGAGGCUUGGAAAGAGCACUAGAGAGAGAAAAUUAUAUGCGGAUUCCUGUCGAGGUGCCCGAAGCACUACCGGUUACAUUUGCAGACGCCUCCUCAGUCUCGGGGUACAUUGAUGCGGCAGAUGAGAAUGCUAGUAGUGGGAGCUUAUUGACUCCCGGGGAAUGGCAUAGCGGACAGACCUUGAGCUCCGCCUCUUCAUCGACGACACUCGUUAAUGAGCCUCAUCCUACAGACACGGCAAUGAUCACCGAUUCGCAUAUCUCAGAACUGGGUAGUGCCAUACACCAAUUUCACGAAUCUCCGGAUAUAAAACUACAGAAGUCCCCAAUAGCACUCAACUAUCAAAAUCUUAGGUCUGAGGACCAGCGAAAGGACGCAAUGGUUCUUUUAUCAAGAUAUCCAGCGUUGCUAGCGCUUGUACAUAUGCUAGUGGGAGUUCUCGGCUUAUUUUCCACGGGCAAGGCGGUCCCCAAUUCACCCAAUAAAUAG